CUGCUUUUAGGGUGGAGCUUGAAUGUGUUCAAAAAAUGCUGUAAAAACAUCUCUACAGUGACAGUCAAAGAUAUAAAGAACACAAAUGCUCUCAUUGGAUUAUGGUGAACAAGGAACAUGGCAUUUGCAGUAAACACUGAAAACCAAAGCGGGAUUACCUUAAGUGAAGGCAGUCUUGUUGAGCCAUACAGAAAGAAGGCAGUUACUAGUUCAUUUCCAUUUAUAAAACCAGGUCUAAGAGUUGAGCAACCACAGGACUUGGUUAAAAUAAUAAAAAAAAUUGAGAAGGUCUGCCACCAGGGAUUUAAAAAAUGUGCGAGUGCAGAUAAACACAAUUUAUCUUUGAAUGAAUCCAAGUGCAACAUCAGAGAACUGGCUGCUGAACUGGACAGAGUGGUACAGAUCAAGAAGUUCUCCCUGAUGUCUGGAAAUAUGAAAAAUAAAGGAUCUCAAGAGGAACAACAAUCUUAUAUUUUGCAAUGGGCUGAAGAGAUAGAAAACUUGGAAACAAAACAACUGGAUACAUCAUCACAGGAAGAGAGACCUCAAACAUUUUCUGAGAUGUGUGUGUCAGAUACUGAAAUGAAACUAACACAGGCUAAAAAAAAUGUGUCUCGGUUGACUUGGAAACUUAAAGAAAUGAAACAGAACUCAGUAUGCCCAAAGAGAGAGUGUAGAGAAACAUUGAGGGACCUCCACAAACAGUGGAGGCAGGGAGAGUCCAGUAUACUUCCAGUAAUGGACUGGAUGAUGAAGACCGUAUUACAGCCAGAAAGCUCUGAGGAUUUCAUCUCCAGAGAGUGGGUGAAAAAUAAACAGAAAUCUAAAAACAUAGUUGGAUUACGCAUUCCUAACACAGUUUGGCAUUGGAUCACAAAGUCAAAAGAUGUUAUCAUUUUGGAUCCAAACACAGCCAACCCAGAUCUCCUCGUCUCAGAGAAUGGAAAAACUGUGAGAGCAAAACAUUAUGGUGAUCAUUGGGAAGGUUUCCAAAGAAACCAAUCAAAAUUUGAUGGCUGGACUUGUGUUCAAGCUAAAGUGGGAUAUAACACAGGUAGUCAUUACUGGGAGGUAGAUGUAAGGAAGAAAUGUGAAUGGCGGUUGGGAGUCAUAAAGGAAUCAGCCCCUCGCAAUGGUUUUGUCACGAUGAACACAAAAACAGGGUUCUGGAAUCUGCGCCUACAACUGAGAACUUUGAUUGCUCUAACUGAGCCAGUCACUAAACUGAACAUGCCAGCACCUUAUAAAAUAGGGGUUUAUCUGGACAUAGAGGAGGGCCAAGUCUCCUUUUAUGAUGCAGAGAACAGGAGACAUAUUUUCACAUUUAACACAGAGUUUAGUGGGACUGAAACCAUUUAUCCAAUGUUUGGCACCAUUGAGACAGACAGAGAGUUGGUGAUUUCAUAAUAAAAUAUAUUAUAUAUAAAUAUAUAAUACGUGACACAAUUA